AUGGGGUUUUUAGGUAGACAUUCAAAGCAAAAAAGUACAAGUAGUAAGAAAAGUAACGGUGAAGGUGAAGGUCAAUUGCCAAAUGUUAAAAUUACUAGAGAUGAUGUCAACCAUCUAAAGGUCAGAACUGCUUCGGUCCAUGAUCCAAUUUUAUCAGCUGUUCAAGAAGAACAACCCUUCGAACAAGCUGCUGAAGCUGAAAGAGAUCCAAACAGAAAAUCUUUUUUUUCCAUGUCCCAAGAAGAAGGUGCUCAACUAACUGAUGUUUUCGGUCAACCUAUUUUAAACCCAGAUAUCUCUAACCCUACAAGAGCAAGAGAUGAAAGACCUCUAGAUACAAUUAAAAGUUUUGAAUAUUCUAUUAGCGGGGGUGAUCCAUAUUGGGCUCAAAAUUUAGAAACUGCACAAUAUGGAUUUAGAGUCAGACCAGACUUUCCAAGUUUCCAUAGCAUGAAUCCAUAUACUAUGAACACUGAUAUUGAUAAUGGUAACAACAUGGGUGAACUACCUCCUGCUCCUGUUAUGAUGGGUGAACAAGGUGUUUAUACUCCUGCUCCAUUCAAUCCUGUAACAGAGGGCAAAAAGAAAAAGAAAAGAGGCUUGUUUGGUAAGAAGAAAAAUAAGAAAGCCAAGGCUGUUGCUGUUAAUGAGGAUUAA